CGCGACGUUGUUGAUUCGCAUUACAAAGCUUGUUUAUAUGCAGGCAUCAAUAUCAGUGGAAUCAAUGGAGAAGUGAUGCCAGGCCAGUGGGAGUUUCAAGUUGGUCCUUCAGUUGGCAUCUCUGCUGGGGAUGAGUUGUGGGUUGCUCGUUACAUUCUUGAGAGGAUUACAGAGAUUGCUGGAGUUGUGCUCUCCUUUGAUCCCAAGCCAAUUGUGGGUGAUUGGAAUGGAGCCGGCGCUCACACAAAUUACAGUACCAAUUCCAUGAGGAAUGAAGGGGGGUAUGAGGUCAUCAAGAAAGCAAUUGAAAAGCUGGGGCUGAGGCACAAGGAACACAUUGCUGCAUACGGAGAAGGCAAUGAGCGCCGUCUCACUGGGCGACAUGAAACUGCUAACAUCCACACUUUUAAAUGGGGUGUUGCAAACCGCGGAGCAUCCAUUCGUGUUGGACGAGACACAGAGAAGGCUGGGAAAGGGUACUUUGAGGACAGGAGGCCUGCGUCCAACAUGGAUCCUUAUGUGGUGACUUCCAUGAUUGCAGAAACCACUAUCCUGUGGAAGCCAUGAAAUUACCUUUGAAAUUGUUGUUGGUCUGAUGUCUAGUCCUCUAGUCCUCUAUUUCUUUACCCAGCAUACCUUUCUUUGUUGCUUUGGUGGUGUAUUUGCAAACUGAGUUGCCUCAACUCUUCAGCUUGUAUUGGAAUAAUGCAAAAACAUUAGCUUAUUAUCAAUAUAAAAGGGCCAUUUUCUC